AUGGGCAGCGUGCGCUGGGCCUUCCCGUGCGGCGCCUGGCGGCCCCGGCGUGACGAGUGGCUGCUGGCGGCGCGGCUCGUGCAGCGCGAGGAGCGCGAGCGCCUCGCCCGCUUCGUCUUCGCCCGCGAUGCCAAAGCCGCCCUGGCUGGCCGUCUGCUCAUAAGGAAAUUAAUUGCAGAAAAGCUGCAUAUUCCAUGGAAUGAAAUAUGCCUGCAAAGGACAUCAAAAGGAAAACCUUUCCUAGCCAAUGACGUACCCAGUGCCCAUUCAAAUUACAACUUCAACGUCUCUCAUCAAGGGGAUUAUGCAGUUCUUGCAGCUGAACCUGAGCUUCAAGUUGGCAUUGAUAUCAUGAAGACUAGUUUGCCAGGUAGUGGUUCAAUACCAAAUUUUUUUCGCAUUAUGAAUCGCCAGUUUACUGAGACAGAAUGGGGUGUAAUCAAGUCUAUGAAUAAUGAAUGGCUGCAGCUGGAUAUGUUUCAUCGACACUGGGCCCUAAAGGAGAGCUUCUUAAAAGCUAUUGGAGUUGGAAUUGGCUUCAACUUGCAAAGAAUUGAAUUUAAUGUAUCUCCAUUGCAGCUGGAAAUAGGAAAAGUAUAUCAGGAGACCAAAAUGCUGCUGGAUGGAGAUAAAGAAGAAGAAUGGACUUUUGAGGAAACCCGAUUAGAUGACAGUCAUCAUGUUGCGGUGGCUCUUGGCAAACAGGAGGGAUGUGGACAGAGGCAUUCCCAUGUAUAUUCCAUGGAGGCUAAUCAUCCAGAGUUUACAAUACUGACUUUUGAAGACUUAGUUGCAUCCGGUAUUCCAUUCACACCUGAGGAUUCUGCAUAUUGGGAUAAUUUUUGUUCUAAGCAGGAGAGUCCAACAAAACAGAAUUUGCAUUCAAGAUAAGAGUAUGUAUAAGAAAAAGAAAUGUCRGAAGUCUCAUAUUUUUCCACCUAAUUCAGGUCAUGGGAAUAGCUGUACAUGUUUAGAUGAGAAAUAUUUUUUCUUCAUUUAAUCCAGCAGUAGGAUUCUCAUCUUGUCCAAUCUAAAGAUGUAUACUGUCUUGCUGAAAGAGUUCUGAGUGAAAAGUCUAAGUGAUCACAUGCCUUUCCCUUUCCUUGCCAGUGAUUCUUACAUCUCAGUGCUUAUUACCUUUGCUAGGAGCAGCAAGCAGAGCUACAUUAAUAUUGUUGAAUCAACAAUUGUUUAAUAUAUAAAGGAAAAUGUAUUUAUUUCUACUGGCAUUUGAAUUGUGAUAUUACCACUACUCUUACAAAAUAUUUUUUUCUCAGCAGUUUGAAUAAAGCCAAAAGAAUUGGUAGAAAUGCUUCUACUGUAACUGUUUGGUACAAGUAUUGUACAAAAUCUGAGGUUUAUUUUUUACAGUUGCAGGCUGAAGAAGGCAGAAUUUCAUAAUUCUUCAAAUUUCAUCUGUGUAAAACUAGCUUGAGAAGGUUAUAUAGGAGUUUCAUAUGCUUUUCUCUUACAAUCGCCUUUAAUUAAAGCCCCAUGUAUGUGGUUGUGGUUUUUUUACUCUAUUUUUUUCUCUGAAAGUAGAUACUUUUCUAACAACAAUUGUAUAUUUCUAGACUUGCACUUCUGUACUGUACUAUWCACUAGCACCUGGUGGUGCUGGAAUAGUGAGCAUUUCUGAUAGUCUUAUAGUAACUAAAUACAGAUUAUUUUCUUGUCUUAUGAUAAAGAUUUCUGGAGAAGAUAUGUAGAUCUUCUGUGCAGCAUGUGAAUAUUUUGUAUGCUUUUUCAAAUGCAUUCC